GUCACAUCACCCAACAGAUACGGAAGAUUGCUCGGCUGGCCAGACUCCCUUCUCCCUCACUUCACCUCUUCUAUUUUCGACACUGAGCUCAAUUCUGCGACAAUGGCGAUCUCAACCUCAGUAUUCCCUUUUCAUCUAACUCCCAAGCUUCGGAAUCCCCCAUUGCCUCUCUACGCCACUACUACGUUCCUAUCCACCAGGAGAUUUCAGCACUCGUCAUCUUCUUCCUCUACCCACACUCUGAAAGUUUCCACCAUUUUCGAUACAGUCACUGUGGGGGAGGAUUUUCCGGUCCACUAUGGCGAGUGGUUUCCGGAUUCCGAUCCUGACAUUCGGCGGAGAGCAGGUGUUCUUCUACAUCCUACGUCGUUUCGAGGACCUUAUGGCAUUGGUGAUCUUGGUGAUGAGGCGUUUAGAUUUAUUGAUUGGCUUCAUGAAGCGGGAUUCUCUGUUUGGCAGGUUCUUCCUCUUGUCCCUCCAGGAAGGAAGGCCAACGAAGAGGGAUCACCCUACUCAGGCCAGGAUGCAAAUUGUGGAAACACUCUCUUGAUCUCUCUUGAUGAGCUUGUCAAGGAUGGUUUGCUCACAAAAGACGAGUUGCCAAAACCAGUCAGCGACCAUGACCAUGUAAACUUCUCUGUUGUUGCUGAUAUAAAGGAUCCCUUGAUUGCAAAGGCUGCAGAAAGGUUAAUUCAAAGUGAUGGUGAACUUAAAAGACAGCUUGAAGAAUUUUGUAGAGAUCCUGAUAUAUCAAGCUGGCUUGAAGAUGCAGCUUAUUUUGCUGCUAUUGAUAACCGACUAAAUUGUUUCAGUUGGUAUGAAUGGCCAGAACCCUUAAAGAAUCGUCAUCUUUCAGCUUUAGAAGAUGUGUACCAAAGGGAAAGAGAUUUUAUAAAUAUAUUCAUUGCUCAACAGUUUUUAUUCCAGAGACAAUGGCGAAGAGUUCGCAGCUAUGCAAAUACGAAGGGUAUUACUAUAAUGGGGGACAUGCCUAUAUAUGUUGGCUAUCAGAGUGCAGAUGUUUGGGCUAAUAAGAAGCAAUUUUUGCUGAACAAGAAAGGUUUUCCCGUGUUAGUGAGUGGUGUGCCUCCAGAUGCAUUUAGUGAAACUGGUCAACUAUGGGGAAGUCCUCUAUAUGAUUGGAAAGCCAUGGAGAAAGAUGGUUUUUCUUGGUGGAUACGGCGCAUUAAGCGUGCACAGAAUCUAUAUGAUGAAUUCCGGAUUGAUCAUUUUAGGGGAUUUGCUGGUUUCUGGGCAGUUCCUUCUGAGGCACAAAUUGCUACAGUUGGACGGUGGAAGGCAGGGCCUGGAAAAUCUUUAUUUGAUGCCAUAUCCAGAGCGGUUGGGAAGAUCAACAUAUUUGCAGAAGAUUUGCUCUGCUGGACAUCGCUCUCUGUCGCCGAUCAAUCACAUCUCCACCCGACGUCACAUCUCAGUCGAGCGUUUUGUAUCCCAACCGCUCAUUUGGUCGCGAUUUUUGGGUUUGACGCUCGUUUGCAGGUUGUCAUCGCCAUCCCUCCUUUCCACUGCUCAGUGCUGCCCAUCGUCGUCGUCCGUCUGUGUCUCAUCAAGUUACUGGGAGUUAUUACUGAAGAUGUGGUUCAACUCAGAAAAUCUAUAGGGGCACCUGGAAUGGCUGUUCUCCAAUUUGGUUUUGGAAGUGAUUCUGCUAAUCCGCAUUUGCCCCACAAUCAUGAAUCUAACCAAGUUGUCUACACGGGAACUCAUGAUAAUGACACAAUCCGUGGGUGGUGGGACAAUUUGAAUGAAGAAGAAAAGUCCAAUGUACUGAAGUAUCUUUCAGUUACUGAGAAAGAUGAUAUCCCCUGGGCUCUCAUCCGGGCAGCAUUGUCUUCUGUGGCACAAACUGCCAUAAUACCUUUGCAAGAUGUUCUUGGGUUAGGGAGUUCUGCAAGGAUGAACAUUCCAGCAACACAGUUUGGAAACUGGAAAUGGAGAAUACCUAGUUCCGUAAGCUUUGAGAGUUUGGAGACAGAAGCAAGUAAAUUGAAGGAUAUGAUUUCAUUGUAUGGGCGGCUGUAAGUGAAAUGCUGCCUUUGUAAUCACAAAUUGUUGUUUUACACCUUUAGUUUAAUAAGAUCCCCCACCAAAAAUCUGGAUGUGACUGAUCCAACUCACAUGAGAAGUUGCGACUUGACAUUUCUUUAGUUAUAUACCAUCUUGAUUAACGGGUAAAUGAUCAUUACGAGCGUGUCUAUUCAUAUUGACAA